AUGGCACCAGUGGUACCCGACCCGCCUUCCGGCGCCCUCUUGCCCUUAUACGCUGGCAGCUACGAACACAAGCCCUCGAGUGUUCGCGUCAAGAUCAGUGUUGUGAACAGUAAGCUCCAGAUCGAGGAUCUCGAUCUUCAAGACCAAAAGUAUGGGAUUAAACUCCACGAACGAACCGCAACAAAUGGUUACCCAAUCGAAUUCAUACCUACAGGCACUGUCACACCAGCCGCCCCCCGAGACCGUUCGAGGAGAACAUUGAGCCAAGAGCCCGCCGGCCGGCACAUCAGCUUCUUCCUCAAAGGCAACACCGUUGGCAGGUUGAUCUGGAAGAAGGAUGGGAUCGAAUUCGGAAUGCAAUUCCAAAGGAUGAGCACGCUCCUCAGCCUGCCAGAAGAACUCCGCAGUCGAAUUUUCGGAUUGGCGUUGACGGACGAUGGUGGUGAGAUACAUAUGCGAGAGGAGCAGGGUCACCUCCGCCUAGCCAUCUGCAAUAGUGUACCAUACGCAGACGCGCGAAACGGCUUUGCUAACUACGGGGAUGUGCGAAGUCUUCCAAAGGCCUUCAAUGCCUUACAGUACACCUCCAGGGAGCUGUUCACGCUCACGCGCGGCCUGGAGUUGCGCUUGAACGACCUCAAACUCAACGGGUGGACUUUCGACACCUUCCGACGCCUCGAACAUCUUCGUCCCACUCCUCCAUGGUUCUGGACCGGACCAGACUGGUUCGACAAUGUGCGCAACGUUACCCUCGUCGGCGACUUCAAGGUCGGCAAGACUGCGGACGAGAACAUCCUUCAUGGUAUCUUAAACUUCGGUCGCGCUCACCCUAAGGCUAACAUCUUCGUUGGUAUCGAGUCGCUUCGACUGAAAGGCAAGACGCUGCCCGCCUUCGUCAUGUUGGUGUGGCUAAUUCGAGAAGCUGUUCGAGGCAUUGUGAAGACGGGCUGGAAAGCACAGGGGGACAAGAAGAGCAUCUCCAAGUGGCGCUGGGGGAAAUCAGUGGAUUGGAUGAACGUACAAAACGUACGCUUCAUACCCUCUGAUGACUAUGACGAGGCUGAGCUGAGGAAGCGGACCUCGAAGUACAAGAAGAACAAGAAGACUAAGAAGAAUAAGAAGGCUUCAGGACAGGCGAACGCACCGAAGGAAGAGGGCGUGGUCGGGAUGUUGGUGCAAGAACUUGGAGGCGUUGACGAAUUCUUGGAGUACGUCAAGAACAUCUACAAAGGCUUCUAA